AUGCACAAAACUAACAACACCGGCCAGAUCUACAGGCAGGUGGGCACUUUGAUCCAGAUGUCCAUGUCAGCCGAUGCAUCCUGCAGAGGACUGAGGUCCCACAUUGAUGGGCCAACUGUCCUCAUGUUAUCACUAGAUGACAAGCAGAUGCUGGAUACUCCAUGCACUUUUCCAACAUGGCUGACCAAUGAACAGUGGAAAGAUUUCUCCAACAAAUUAAAAGUAACCUCAAGUAGAGAGGGGCAACAAAUUAACGUCCAAUCAGCUAAUGACACGAUGUCUUAUCGUUGUCAGCGAUUGGUCCAUUCAAACUCCACCCACUUUAUAGCACUUUCAUUAGUUCAUAACAAUUGCAAACAACGAGAGCAAUGCAUGAUGAUCAUGAGAAGAGGAUCAGAUGUUCUUCAGAUGUUCUUAGGGCAUGGAGGUUCUGGUGGUGGUGGUGGUGGCACGCUGGAUUGUUCACGUGACAUGUACGAGAAGGAAGUCUUGCUAAUAAGAAAGGAAUCAGCCAGUGGCCGACAAACGUGUUUGGAAGAAGGAAAGUAUUUCAUUUACACUGGAGUGGUCGGUUGCCAUGGUUAUCUGAGGGUCGGAUGUUUGCACGAUGACGUCAUCGAUAUCGUCAGCACGUGCUCUUCCAAACCAGGUUUGCAGUUUCGUUGUUUGGCAACAUGGGACGUCGGGAGCAGACAAUACAUGGCGGUCGAGGUUUUCAGUCGUAAGAACGAUGUGAACAUGUUCUCAUCAGAUGGUCAGUGCGGCAAACACGAGCAACAGAGUACGAACGUGAAAACAAACAACAAUCCAGACAAUGCAAUCAAGGAACAAUUUGCAUACGCCCUCAACAUGCACCCAAUACCAUGUGAUGCCAGAAGUCAGGCGGAUCUUCAGCACUCAUCCAGCAACACGGCUCUGCACCCCCUGCCUCCAAGGCACGUCAAAUCAGCCCAUCAACAUCAUCAAUACUACAAGGCUCAUUAUCACAAUAUAAAUAAUUACUCUAGAGAUGCUUUGAAUAGAAUAAUAUCAGACACAGUCGUACAACAAAACCACACAUUGAAUGAAUACAAUGGAUCUCUGGACUUAUACUUGGAUGAAAAACUGAAAAUCGGUCUUCGCAGAAAUGAGGCCACCGUAUAA